AUUAUUUCUGUUUUUCGCUUUCCUCACCUUAAAAUCCUUUCCAUUCAUUUUCUCAGCCACAUAAAUUAUUAGCUAGCGCGCUCUCACUUGUGGAGCCACGACACGUCGUACACCCCCACUUCUCGCCGGCAAUUCCACACUCUUACACCCUCCACCAUAGAUGGCGCUCGCUGUGUCUUCUAUAACAUCACUAACAUUACUCCGGAGCGAGCGAUUCCCGCCGGUGAAAUCAUUUGAGUUGCACUCGCGUCGGUUAUGGACCUACUCGAUGUUCUUUUCAACCUCCGCCAAAAGUCCACAACUCCGUGUUCUUGGUUCGAGCUCCGGUGGAGGUUUUGGCGUCGUUUCUGCCAUUUCUGAAACUGAAUUUCAGCCUUCCAGUUUCGUUUGGCCUGAUAACAGGAAGAGACCAAGAGUGUGCAUACUAGGUGGUGGUUUCGGAGGGCUGUACACUGCAUUGAGAUUGGAAUCACUUGAUUGGCCAGAUGGAAAAAAACCACAGGUGGUUCUUGUUGAUCGAUCUGAGCAUUUUGUUUUCAAGCCACUACUGUAUGAACUCUUAUGUGGAGAAGUAGAUGAAUGGGAGAUAGCCCCUCGUUUCUCAGACUUGCUGUCAAGCACUGGUGUGCAGUUUUUGAAGGACAAUGUGCAAUCUUUACUUCCCUUUGAUCAAUAUGGUAUGGAUGGGGAUGCGUUAACUCAUUCCGCUGGAGUAGUGCAUCUUGAAAGUGGUCUCCUUAUUGAAUAUGAUUGGUUGGUACUUGCUCUUGGAGCUGAAGCUAAACUUGAUGUUGUGCCUGGUGCAACAGAAUAUGCAUUGCCAUUUACCACUCUUGAGGAUGCUCGUAGGGUCAAUGAGAAGCUAAGAACACUUGAGCGUGAAUUCUUUGGUAAGGACUCUCCAAUUAGAGUUGCGGUAGUUGGAUGUGGUUACUCUGGGAUUGAAUUGGCUGCCACAAUAUCAGAAAGACUGCAAACAGGGGGAGUUGUACAAGCAGUCAAUGUUCAGAAAACCAUCUUGCCGAAUGCUACUCCUGGCAAUCGGGAAUCUGCAUUAAAAAAAAUGCGUAGCCUUUAUGAUGAAGAGAUGCAUUUUUCAGAAAUCGCUUUUAUUCCAGCAAAGAAAAGUGGUCUUCACCUAUUUUCUUUGCUGACUGAAGUUCUCGCAUCCAGGAAUGUGCAGCUUUUGCUGGGUUACUUUGUCUGUUCUAUAAAAAGAGUUGCACAGUUUGACUAUAAAGUAGGAAGACAAAACCAUGAAAGACUUAAAUUGGAGUUGCAGCCUGCUGAAAGGGGCUUGCAAAGCCAAGAUGUAGAAGCAGAUUUAGUUUUAUGGACUGUCGGUUCAAAACCUGUGCUUCCUCAGCACAAAACCGGUGAUAAACCCAUUGAUUUUCCUCUGAACAGUAGGGGUCAAGCUGAUACUGAUGAAACUCUUCGUGUUGAGGGUCACCCGCGUAUAUUUGCUAUUGGCGACUCUUCUGCUGUGAAAGAUGGGCAUGGAAAUUUGCUUCCAAACACUGCCCAGGUAGCAUUUCAACAGGCUGAUUUUGCUGGCUGGAAUCUGUGGGCCGCAAUAAAUGGUCGACCUCUGUUACCAUUUAGGUUUCAGAAUUUAGGUGAGAUGUUGACGCUUGGGAGGUAUGAUGCUUCUGUUUCACCAAGCUUCACGGACGGCCUCACAUUGGAGGGUCCAAUUGGUCACACUGCGAGGAAAAUAGCAUACUUAAGCCGACUCCCAACAGACGAGCACCGGUUAAAAGUAGGGAUCAGUUGGCUAACUAAGGCUGCCGUUGAAUCAACUGCAUUACUGCUGGAUAGUAUUACCAAAGUGCCUUUCCAACUGUAGAGGACGGUAUUGUAUCAUAUGCUGUGCUGUUUUCUCUCACGCAGCUUUGUUCUAAUAUUUUAGUUGUCAUGUCAUUUAGUUGGUGAUAUAUAUGGAUGGUCAGUUUUAACACCAAUGAACAGAUUACUAUCUUUGUAACUAGAAAGAUGUCUGCACGCAAUAAUAUCUACUUUGUCAGCAUUUAAACUCCUUUUGUUUCA